UGAAGCUGAGGGGAGGGAGAGCAUGCAGACAGAGCUGGCGAGCUGGCCCUCUUCCCCCUGCCGCAGUCUCUGUGCAUGUUGCGAGUUAGUCUCCAGCGACUGUCCCCCAGGGCGCUGCCGCACCGCCUUCACCUCACCCCUGCCCCGGUCCUGCUGCUGUGUACCCGCACCAGCAUGUCCCUCAGUCCGGCCGGGCAGCAGCGGAGCACCCCCGAUAACAAGGAGAAGCCGACCCUGAGACACCUAAAGACCAGGGAGAAGAGGAAGCAUGGAGCGAGCCACGGACCCUCCACUGUCUACCUGCAGGUUGUAGGUUCUGGGAGCAGGGAGGCUGCUGCUGCUGUCUAUGUCUUCUCGGAAUACAACAGGUAUCUCUUUAACUGUGGAGAGGGGACUCAGCGGCUGAUGCAGGAACACAAGCUAAAGAUUUCUCGCCUUGACAAUAUUUUUGUGACAAGGAUGAGUUGGUCCAAUGUCGGAGGACUGUCUGGCAUGAUUCUAACAUUGAAGGACACGGGCGUUUCCAAGUGUGUAUUUUCCGGACCGCCGCAGUUUGAUAAAUUCUUGACUGCAAUCAGGUCAUUCUCUGGGCCAUUACAAGGACUAGAUUUAGCUGUUCGCCCAUACACCCACUCAGAAUACACUGAUGAGACGAUGACUGUGCAUCAGGUGCCCAUAUUUGCCAAUUUGACCUCUAAGGGCAGAGGUACAGAGAGUCCGAAUUUGUCACUUGGUAAAGCCAGCACUGACCAGACCCGUUCACCAAAAUCCACAGAACGGCUCCUGGAGGAUGGUGAGGCUUGUUUUUCAGAAAACCAGAAUAAAAAACCAGAGAGAAGCCCAAAAUCAACAAGGGAUCCUUCCCUGGUGGUGGCUUUUGUCUGCAAGCUUCACCCAAAGAAAGGAAACUUCCUCGUCAUGAAGGCAAAGGAGCUUGGUCUGCCCGUGGGAACCUCUGCUAUUGGUCCAAUUGUUACUGCUUUGAAAGAUGGCAAAACUGUAAUGUUUGAAGGCAGGGAGAUCCACCCUGAUGAAGUGUGUACACCUGCUGAUCCAGGACCCACAUUUGUUGUGUUGGAAUGUCCCAGUCAGAACUUUAUUGAGCCCAUGUGUGAGAAUGAACAACUCCGCAAGUAUCAAACUGGAGGUUCUGAAAGCCCUGCUGCAUUAGUUGUUCACAUGACGCCUGAGUCUGUUUUGGAAAAUAACAUUUAUAAAUCAUGGAUGGAGAGGUUCGGACCGACCACUGAACACCUGAUCCUCAAUGAACACAAUCAAUCUGUGCAUAACCUACGCAGCCACAAGAUCCAGACCCAACUCCAUCUAAUUCACCCAGAGAUCUUCCCCUUACUGAAAACCUUUCGGAUUGAGGAAGAGCCGGCCUCUCUCAAUAUGCCGACUGUUCGAGGUGAAUGUUUGCUGAAGUACCAGCUGAGGCCUAGGUUUGAAUGGCAAAGAGAAGCUGUAGUUGCAGAUGACACUGAGGAGUUCAUUAAAGAAGCUACAGAAAUUCCAGGCUUCUUGGAGAAAGUCAAAGAGUGUAAAAAAUUAUUGUCAGCAGACCCUACUGUUUCAUCAGGGCACAUGGACAAGUACCCUGAGGUGGUUUUCCUUGGAACUGGAUCUGCCAUCCCAAUGAAAAUCCGAAACGUUAGCUCUAUCAUUCUAAACAUUAACGCGACUUGCUCUGUAUUGUUAGAUUGUGGUGAAGGCACUUUUGGACAGCUCUGUCGUCAUUAUGGCAAUGAUGUGGAUGUGAUCCUCUGUAACUUGUCAGCCAUCUUUGUUUCCCAUAUGCAUGCUGAUCAUCACACAGGCUUGAUAAAUAUAUUGUUGGAACGAGAAAGGGCUUUGCUAUCCCAGGGAAAGGACUUCAGCCCAAUUUCACUUGUGGGACCAUUACAGAUUAUGAAUUGGUUGAACCAGUACCAUAACCAUUGCCAGAAGAUUCUACACCAUUUGAAUGUUAUUUCUGUUCGACAUUUCAUGGAAGAUGCUGAUGUUAACAAGUCGAUCACUCAAGAACGCAUCCAGACUUUGUUGAAGAAACUUGAACUGGAAAAGUUCCAGGCCUGUGUCGUGCGACAUUGCAGGAAUGCCUUUGGCUGUGCUCUUCAACAUAAGUCAGGCUGGAAAAUCGCUUACUCAGGGGAUACCAUGCCAUGUUCAGCUCUCGUUCAGACAGGGCUGAAUGCGAAUCUCCUGAUUCAUGAGGCUACACUGGAAGAUGGCCUGGAGGAAGAAGCUGUUGAGAAAACUCACAGCACCACCUCACAAGCCAUUAAUGUCGGUAUGCAGAUGAAGGCCAAAUUCAUCAUGUUAAAUCAUUUCAGCCAGAGAUAUGCCAAGAUUCCUCUAUUCAGUGCUGACUUCAAUGAGAAAGUUGGAAUAGCCUUUGAUCAUAUGAGGGUUCGGUUUGGUGAUUUUAGAACCAUUCCUAAGCUUACCCCGCCCCUCCAAGCCCUAUUUGCAGAGGAGAUUGAAGAGAUGGAGGAACGCCGUGAGAAGAGAGAGCUUCGACAAAUGAAGGAAGCCCAGAAUAUUCUGAGUACAAAUGGGCCUGUGGCCCAGGGACCAUCGUCCAGUGAGGCAGUCGCUGGGAAGAAACGAGUGGUUGAAGAACCUGAUCACAACUUGCAUCACAAAAAAAUAAAAUUGACUUGAGAUGCUACUUAGAACUAAUUAAUGAAUUGAAAGACUCGGCUCAUUACCCCAGAGGAAUAGCAUACAGGAAAGCAAACUGUGUGCAAUGACCUUGAACUGAUUUUAUUUUGCUGCAUAACUGAGUUUUGUGUAUUGGUUUUACUUGUAGGUAACGAUGACUGUGGUUUGCAGUAAUUGGGUUAUAUUUUGAUUUUUAAUUGACACAGCAAUUUAAGUUGCAAACCCAAUCAUCCAGAUGCCUUUGUCUCCCAACUUGACCCCCUCUUUUUUUAUAAUCUUUUUUGUUGGUUUGGAAAGUGGUCUCUCAAGCGACUGCUAACAUGGAUGAGGCAAACAUCCUGUAUUUUUCUCAAUCCGAAAAAAGGACGACAAAUAAUCCAAAUAAUUAUGUUGAAUUUUGGUUUGAGAACCAGAUGCCUGAAGUCAGGUUUUGAAGUGUUCUUUUUAGAAAGUCUGUCAUUCUCUCAUUCCAUCUAUUAUUUCGUAAGUGGUUUAUUCCAAAAUGCUGCUGUCCUCAUCUAAUUCCUCUCUCUCAGGUACACAGGCACUGCUGUUCUCUCUCAGAUACACAGGCACUGGUGUUGUAUCUCAGAUACAGAGGCACCUUCACCUGCUUUUUGAUUUGAUUUAUUGUUGUCACAUGUACUGGGGUACAGUGAACAGGUUUGUGUGCAGUACAGGCAGAUCAUACCAUACAAAGUGCAUUAGGGUAAUAGAACAGAGCGAGGAAUACAAUGUUACAGCUGCUGAGAAGAUGCGUGAAGAGUGAGGUCAGCAUUAAAUUUGAGAGGGCCAUUCAGAAGUCUAAUAGCAAGGAAGAAGCUGUUCUUGAGUCUGUUGGUUUGUAUUUAAGUUUUUCUAUCAUCUCCCCUCCUGUCAUUGCUGCUUUGCAGUACUGUCUACAUUCAGCAACCCAGUGCUGAAUUCAUUUGCCAUCUGACUCAUCCUUCCCUUGAAAAAUCUCCAUGUUGAGUGCACUGUCAGAAGUAAUUUACUGCGGUUCUGAACUCCUCACUGUUUCAGAGGAGAGGACUGAGAAAGCCCAGUGUCUGGAAAAGUGUGCAUCCAUCUCUGAGAAUGUAUUUAUUGUAAAGGUGAUCAAAAGUUAUUUUGAACAUCUGCAGAAUGAAUCACAAGUAACAUUUGAUUUAGCAAAUUUAUGUUCAUCUGCUUAUGCUUUCCAUGUAAUGACCUGUACCACAUGCAUCAUUCAUUUUGAAACUGGUGUUGAAUCUUGAGAAUGAUUAAUAAAUU